UUGUGUGAGGAAAUAUGGGUAGGCUCAAAGGGAUUCCUCUUCUCUUCCUGUUUGUAUUGAUCUCCUUCCAAGAAUGUUUAGUUUCAUCAAACAAAGCCACCUACAUUGUCCACAUGGACAAGGCAUUUAUGCCCAAAUCUUUUGUCAGUCACGACCACUGGUACAACUCUGUUGUUAACUCCGCAAAACUCAAAAAACCAAAGUCAGACGACCAACAAAAUCCGACCAGGCUUCUCUACACUUACGACCAUACACUUCAUGGUUUUAGUGUCGUCUUAUCCGAGGAAGAAUUCGAAUCUCUCAAGGAAUCUCCGGGGUUUGUGUCGGCUUACCGGGACAAGACUGUGACGCUUGACACAACGCAUACUUUUGAGUUUCUCUCUCUAAAUUCCGCGACGGGGCUGUGGCCGGCGUCGGAGUAUGGCCGGGACGUGAUCGUCGGCGUGAUUGACACCGGCGUGUGGCCGGAGAGUGCGAGCUUUAGAGAUGAUGGGAUGGGCGAAAUUCCGGGGAGGUGGAAAGGGGAGUGCGAAGAAGGGGAACAUUUUGAUCCUUCCUUGUGUAACAAGAAACUGAUCGGCGUUCGGUAUUUCAACAAGGGAGUUAUGGCGGCGAAUCCGAAUGUUACGAUAAUCAUGAACUCCGGGAGGGACGUGGAGGGCCACGGCACGCACACGUCGUCCACGGCGGCCGGGAGCUACGUGGAGGAGGCGUCGUUCUUCGGGUACGCCGCCGGGACGGCGCGUGGGAUCGCGCCGAGAGCGCGUGUGGCCAUGUAUAAGGUGAUCUGGGAAGAAGGGCGGUAUGCUUCCGAUGUGCUCGCCGGAAUUGACCAGGCGGUGGCCGACGGCGUUGACGUCAUAUCCAUUUCCAUGGGAUUUGAUCUUGUUCCAUUGUAUGAAGACCCCAUCGCCAUUGCCGCUUUUGGCGCCAUGGAGAAGGGCGUCCUUCUCUCUUCCUCCGCCGGAAACGCCGGCUCCGGGCUCGGAAACCUGCACAACGGAAUCCCGUGGGUUUUAACCACCGCCGCGGGGUCCAUUGACAGGUGGUUAGCAGGAACUUUGGUUAUAGGAAAUGGAGAAGAAAUCCUGGGAUGGACUUCUUUCCCAGCCAGCGCUAUUGUCAUGAAUCAGCCGCUGAUUUACAACAAAACAAUAUCCGCUUGCAAUUCAUCUCUCUUACUUUCCAAUUACAACGGAAUAGUAAUCUGUGAAAACAUAGGAUCAUUCCAGGACCAAAUCCGCGCCGUCGCAAAUUCCAAGCUCCCAGCCGCCAUUUUCAUCUCCGACGACCCUGAAAUCUUCGAGUUCAGCGAUUUCCCAUAUCCCGGCGUGGUAAUUUCCCCGGAAAACUCAUACAACCUCAUCAAUUACGCUAAAAACAGCGAAAACCCCUACGCUACCAUUAAAUUUCAGCAGACAUUUCUGGGCACGAAGUCUCAUCCUGUGGUUGCAACCUAUACUUCCAGGGGGCCAGCGCCGAGCUACCCUGGAAUAUUGAAACCCGACAUAAUGUCCCCUGGAACAUUAGUAUUAGCGGCCUGGAUUCCAACAUCCUUAGCGUCUUAUAUUUCACCUGAUAUAGAACUAUCUAGCCCGUUCAAUAUGAUUUCCGGGACUUCCAUGGCCUGUCCCCAUUCUUCCGGGAUAGCAGCCCUGCUUAAAGGAGCCCAUCCAGAGUGGAGCCCGGCGGCUAUUCGGUCCGCCAUGGUUACAACUGCAAAUCCAUUGGAUAAUUCCAAUUUGCCCAUUAAGGAUCCUGCUUUUAACUACACCUCUGCUUCUCCCCUGUCCAUGGGGGCAGGCCAGGUUAAUCCAAACGCCGCGCUUAAUCCAGGGCUGAUUUAUGAUGCCAAUCCCCAGGAUUAUGUCAAUCUUCUCUGUUCCAUGAAUUUCACCCGAAAACAGAUCCUCACAAUCACUAGAUCAACCAAUUACGCCUGUGAAAACCCGUCUUCUGAUCUCAACUACCCCUCUUUUAUUCUCCUGUACCCUGUCAGUCAAUCUACAACUAAAUCUUGGGUUAGUCGGACAUUUGUGAGGACUGUCACGUAUGUUGGAGAGGGCCCCGCAACCUUCAGAGUUGAGGUAAGCUCGAUUCUUGGUAAUUCCCAGAUUGAAAUAAACAAGGCAAGUCUUUCCUUCAAGAACACGUACGAGGAGGCGGAGUACACGCUGGUUUUAACCUACAAGGGGAAUCAGACUGGGGAAGUUGAGUUUGGUUCUGUGACUUGGGUUGAUGAGAGUGGUAAGUAUAAAGUUAGGAGCCCCAUUGCCGUGGCGCCUAUGAUCCAGACAUGGUGAUUUGAUACUUCUUUUCUUGGUUUCUCUACAUGAAUAGUUUGUUCAGUUUGCUGACAAUUUGGUCUGAAUAGUGUAUUUUGGCCCCUGAUUGGGUCACUCCCAGUUUCUGAUUCAGUAACAAAGUUGUUUCCCCUUCCAAUUCUGAAAUAAAAUUGUUUAAGGCCUUAGUUCGAA